AUGGCUAUCCGACGCUCUUGCACCCUCGCGACGCUGAUCCUCUGCGCCGUCGGCGAAACCGCAAUCAAAUCAACCGACUCGUGCAGGACGGAUGCCGGCUGGGAGCUCCUCGACUCAAAUCGCACGGCGUUGGCCGUCAUUGACGUGCAGCAGAACUUCCUCGACAAGCUGCCGCUCGACCAGCGGGCGAGCCUCGUGGAGCGCAUCGCCUUCAUUAUGAAGGUUGCGAAAGCGAUGAAACUGCCCAUCCUUGCGACGGCCGAGGACUACGCCGCUGCCGGGCAGGGAGGAAGCAACCCGCCGAUGCACCCGACGCUGUCCGCACUGCUGCCCGAGGGCACGCACGUCUGGAACAAGUUGGUUUGGAAUCUCUACGGGCAGCCAGACAUCCGCGCUGCAGUCGACGAGGUCGCCAAGGCGCACGGCAUCAAUACGUUCAUCUUGGUCGGCUUGGAGACGGACGUGUGCGUUGCGCAGUCGGCUCUGGGCCUCAAGGCUGGCGGCUUUCGUGUCGUCGUCGUCGAGGACGCCGUCGGCACGCCGCCGCCCCACCACGCCGCCGGCAUCGUGCGGCUGCGCGACGCGGGCGUGACCGUCACCGACGCAAAGGGCUUGUACUAUGAGCUCGUACGCGACAUCCCGACCGUCGUGCGAGUGACCCGCGAGAUUGGCGGCGCACAGGUUGUGGGCGAGGACGUGCAGCCGCUCGAGGGCUGCGCGAGCGACUACACGCUGUGA